UUCAUGCCGAGCUUGGGAACUAAGUGGAAUUCCUUGUCCCCAUGCUAUUUGUGCCAUUUUGAUGAAGCAAGAAAGGCCAGAGGAUUACCUACAUGAUUGGUACAAAAAAAGCUCAUACCUUAAUUCGUACCAAUUCAUGAUGCAGCCCAUCCGAAGUAGCAAAUUUUGGGAGCCAACAAAUCAUGAAGGCCCUCUACCUUUGCCACUAAAGAAGCAAAUAGGAAGGCCAAAGAAAAAUCGAAGAAUACAGGAGGGAGAGGCAUCAAGUCAGAGGAUGAGUAAGACCAGGGUGAAGAUAAAAUGCUCCUAUUGCCACAAGGAAGGGCACAAUAAGAAAGGUUGUCAGUUGAAAAGGCAACGUGAACAAGAAGUUGUUGCAAGAGCUGAUCGUGGGUCAAGAACAACACCUACUGAAGAGGUUGCUCUUGGGCCUACUGAAGGGCCAACAAAAGGCCCUGUUGUAGGCCCAAGUGCAGGGACAAGUACAGGCAGGACAGCAACAACAACAACUGAGUCCACUAUCGAACAAACGAGGAAAAAAUAUCCAGUGAGAAGACGACCAACUGCACAAGUUGCACAAGGACAGGGAGCCCCACAGGUUGCUCCCUCACAAGUUGCUCAAAGUGAUGCACCACAGCGAACAAGAGGGGUUCUUGGAAAAAGAAUAAGGCAAUAUGGUUAUGGGAUUUACACAGAUGAACGUACUGGAAUGACUAUUUUCAAUCCUGGAAGAAGUUCGGAGGUGCUUAUCUCUCAAGGUGGGCCAACUCAAGAGUCAAUGGCGCAGCCAAAGAAGAGCACAAAGAAGAAGAAGACAGCGAUUGUGGGUGCUGGAUGUACGUGCUGGUUGAAGUUGUGGGUGCUGCAUCUUCCUGCACUAGCAAAUACAAGUACUGGUGUAAGAACAAGAUGCACUAGCAUAGCACUAGUGCAAUUGUGGCUGUUGGUGCAUCCUGUUGCACCAACACAGCUCUCGGUGCAACUCUGGGUGCUGGUGUGUCUUCUUCCACCAACACUUGUAUGA